UGUCGAAAGACAUUGAGGAACAACGGCGAAGCGCUGAUCGGCCAGGACUCGCUGCUCCACCACCACCACCAACGAGGAACGACGAUGCGUUGAUCGACGGGCUGAUUGUGGACAAACUUAUCGGCAGGCGUUCUCAUGACGGCCAUACGCAGUACCUAGUGUGUUGGUACGGCGUUCCGGAAGAGGAUGCCGCAUGGGUGAACGCUGAAAAAUUGGUGCAUAUAUUUAUUUCUGUUGUUUAA